GCGUUGUUGGCCAAGGCAAUAUCCCCUCUUUAAUAUUGAUAUGUUUGGCAGUAUUUGGUUCUUUCAAGUUGCUUGAUUGAAUAUUAAUUUCAACCCGACAUUCUCCCCAUUCCCUUCCCUUCCCUAUCUUUAUGUUGUCUCUGUUACGUGCGGAAGCCUGAGGUUGUUGGCCAUCUUUCAGCUACUCCGAUCUUCUUCCGCGGGUAUCGAUUGUGUUCCAGAGGUUAGAACCACUGGGCUGCUCGGCGCUGUCUCUGCCUCAAACCUUCAUCUUCACCUACAAUCGUUACCUACUACCUACCUUGCCUUACCCUUCCUAGAUUAUUUCUCGCUUCAUACCGCUUUUGACCAUACGGGCACUGACUGUCAGUGUCUAUCCCAACUCAGCUCGUCAUUGGCUUGGCACUGCAUCACCGUUGUUAUUCUUUGCCCAGUUUGCGGGUCGCUUCUUAAGUUAUUCGCCACCAGCCUAAGAUCUAGACUGAACGUCAACCAACGGACGGCAUACCACCUUGUAUCGAUCAGAUCUAUCUCAUCGUCUUGGUAACCUCGUUUGGCUCUUGUUCCUGGAUCGAGCCGGACCAUUUCCUCCUUGUUUAUUCUUCUCUUUUAAUCCUCCAUAGGUCCCUUCACCACUCAACCUGUGUUACUAAUCUCAACUCCUGUUGAUCUCACGUAGACCUUCUCACACUCGGUCUCCUACAUCACCCAACCUCGAUCUUUCGCCUCAACGACAUCUUGAACUAUCUUUCAGUCUGGCUUCGCGCGCCUUUCGCCUCGCCGGCCUCGCUGUCGGCCUUGGUUUGAGUGCCUUGACUGCGUACCAACGCAGCCAAGCGCAGCAGAUGUCUUCUCAUGCCGAGAGGCAUGGUCACCUCGACGCGACCGCAGGCCGUGAGGUAGUAUAUUGCCACGCCUGCGCUGGGGAAUGGUAUCGAGACGAGAAUGGACUAACUUGUCCCGAAUGUCACGGCGAGAUUACUGAGAUUAUCGAUCCCGCAAACGAUCCCCGCGACUUUGAACACCACUCCUCUGCCUCCACCUCACCCGAGCAUCACCCGUACGAUUCAGAUCCUGAAGAAGCCGAUAUAGAUGAGCAUGCCCAGCAUGGCUUUGUGUUUCGACGGAGCGUCCGAGACGGUCCGAACCACCCACAUCAUCAUGAUCCCGCUACUGCGCCAACUUAUGAGCGCUUCUGGGAUAUGCUUAACGGAUUUGGACCUCGAGCACCUGGCGGAAACAGUUCUUUCCCACCUAGCCCAGGAGAACAUGAACUACCCCAAGGACCAAACUUUGGACCGCGCAUUCACCGGACGACUUUCACGUCAGGGCCACUAGGCGGAACGACUUCUGUAACAAUCGUAUCGGGACCUAUCCAUGCAACAAGCCGUGGUCCCGCUGGUGCCCCAGGAGGCGAAACAUUUCAAGAGUAUGCACAACCUCCAUUCCAGCUUGAUGAACGACCUGGCGGCUUGCGAGUCACGGCCAUUUCCAUGAAUCUUGGAGCUAACCAGCGUACCAGUUUCUUUCAGAACAUGCUACGCGACAUUGUACCGCCACCACCCGCUCAUAACCAUGACGGUGAGGAAGGCGCCGGAGGUCCUCCACCCGGUCUGGCUCGAAGCCUGCAAGAUAUCCUGAAUCUUCUUAAUCCAGCAAAUGCAAUGCAUGGUGAUGCAGUGUACUCCCAAGAGGCUCUGGAUCGGAUCAUUACUGGACUCAUGGAAGCCAAUCCCCAGUCUAACGCGGCUCCUCCAGCUACAGAGGAAGCUCUCAAGAACCUGGAACGAAAACCUGUCGACAAACAAAUGUUGGGUUCGGAGGGAAAGGCAGAGUGUACCAUUUGCAUCGAUGAGAUGAAGGAGGGGGAUAUGGCCACAUUUUUACCCUGUAAUCAUUGGUUUCACGAGGAGUGUGUCACCUUGUGGUUAAAGGAGCACAACACUUGCCCCAUCUGCCGAACGCCGAUCGAAAAGACCGAUCGCAGCGGCAACAAUAAUGGCGGCAAUGGGAACAACAAUAAUAGCGGCGACGGCUCCCAAUCCCAAGGUCCAAUGCCAGGUUCUAACUCUGACCAACCGAACCCGUCUGGAACUCGAGCGUCAUUCACGUUUACUCCCAACCAGUGGACACCAUUCGACAACCCUCAUUCUCACACACGCCCGGUGCGGUUCUCGCGACCUCCAAGUCAGAGCCAGAGUCGCCUGAAUGAAGCAUUGCGUACUAUCUCGAACCGGCAACAAGAGAGAGAACGUGAACGCGAGCGUGAACGAGGCGAGACAUCAGGGUUUAGCUACGACACGUCUCGACUUCAGCGACGAAGCUCACACUCUCCAACAAGUCCUAGAGCGACUGCCCCGAGUGAACAUGGCGCUCGUAUGCGACAGAGAAGCCCUUCCCAGAGUAGCCGUCGGUCAGCGGCGGAGUCGGAUCAACAACGCCGGCAGAGCAGCCAUGGCCCCAUUAGCUGGCUCCGCGAUAGAUUUGGUGGAGGAGGGCCUGGUAACGGACCGCCACGAGAGGAAAGGCGACAGUAGAAUCGUCACUCACCAAACUCUGGGGGAAUUGCAUUGAGGACGAUAUCAGAAGUCCUGAUUCCUCGUCGUUCGCUCGCAAGGUGGCAUGAAGACAAUGAGAGGUCUUAGAGGCAGACCUUGGUGAGAUAACGUAUUGCUAUCAUGCCACCUCGAUACACAACGUGCAGUGACUGCAACCAAGUGCCGAUCUCUUGACGUAUGCGCUUCGAUGUACGGGAUAGAAUGGAGGUUUAGUUGGUAGGGCACACGGGAAUGAUUGGAAUUGAGCUACCAGCGGCAUUGAUAAUUACAUAAAUGGACGUCAGGGAUAGUCCAUAAAGAUUGAAGACUGAUGUCGAGUGUUCUUAUUGUGAGCUCGACCCAUGUUGGUUGUGUCAAUGUACGUCGAAUGAUUGCAUUCCAGACAACAGCCGUCGAGUGUGUCAAUAGACACAGGCUCCUGUAAGGUAAUUCUAAUGUGUUCAAGUCUAUUGGUUGGUUGUUGAGAUACCAGACAAGCCUUGCAAGAGCCGAGCUUACAUCAACCUUUGACUAUUAAGACAUUAUGAACUAUAGACGCCUCGCUGAUAAUUACAUAUUGAAACAAGGCAGCUUCUUGUAAUUUUGAUAUCUGAUCAAGGGAAUGACUCUGGACAGGAGAUGUUCAGUUCUUACAAAAAAGCAAUGUAUUCGACUAUCUCGCUGCAUGGAUCCAGAAAUAUCACACCGCUCUUGCGGAUGCUGCUCCUGACCCAAUCUCUCCAUCUCUUGGUAGGAUCUUUGGUCUCCCUUUUGCUGGUCGGUAAAUCUAGCUUACGCCUACCGAGAACUGUCCCUGUGGUCACCUAAGUUUUCGGCCGUUUCCCAGUCUGAAGUCUCGUCCUUGGAUGGCUUCUUUGAUUUCGCAGGUAGCCUGUCUUGUUUCUUUAAGGACUGGUUUGUUUUUUCUAUGUUCCAUCGAAGAACAUCUGAAUAGCGCGGCGUCAGCUUCUGACCAGGCUUCUUCUCCUGACCCUGGCCUGAAGGGUGGGAUGGAUCUUCAGACUAGAUCUUGAGGGAGACUGGUGGGUUUUGAUCUAAGCCAGCCGAAUGUGUCUCUUGGUCCACAGGAGGGUGUGCGACAACAUCAGGUGUUGGAGCCGCCGGCGGUGAUGAAAUGCUUCCCCGGACUGAGUGUGCUGGUUCAGGAGAAUUGCUGCCUCCACGUGAAGUAAUCUUGCGAGGGGGCGGGGAAGGCGAUUGCCUUUCUUUUGGACACCCUGUGUCUUCAGAUGCUUGUCUCUUUCUGGGGACUGUAUUUCUUGAGAUGCGCCUCUCUCUUCAGAUGUACGUCCCUCCCCUGGAGACUGUAUUUUCUCAAAAGCGUGUCUCCCUUCUGGCGGCCGUGUGUCUAAACAAGAGCCUGGGCCAUCCUCCGACGACUGAGGCAAAGAGACAUUCCUUACAGGGAAGCCAGGGGCUGAAAUUCUGCGGCUCGAGGGUCCAAAGAAGGCGAAGAGUUUGAGUCUCCAGGAUUCGAAGGAGAUGGCGCCAGCCCCGAUUUCUAAUUACCGGGGGAGUUUUUCCAUAUUGUACCGCACUGCUUAAGUCAACAACUACAACAAGCUUAAGAGCCACAUAUGUGAGAUAAAACUUACGGCGGCGCAGAACUGAUUUCCGAUCAACCCCGCUAUAGACCCGGCUGUAUCACACAUGGGGCAGUCGUUUCCCGCCAUGACAAGUUCGCCGAUUGUCAAGGUACGGGGAAGUGAGAGAAAACUUAAAGGCUAAUCAAUAGGGUACAGUGAGUGGAUGGCUCGGUCUGUGAUUCAAGAGAGAGCACUACAACAAGGGUAGAAUACUGUAACCAAUAUGGUGAUAACGAAAGUUGUGAUGAUAACCACGAUGAUGUUGAUGCUGCUGCUGAUGUUGGUUGAAAGAAGAAAGAUAGUUUGAGGUAUUCUGCAAAAUUUAUCAAUUUUCGGUCAUGG